AUGAAGGGCGAUUUACUCUUUGAAAGAGAAGUUGUUAUAAAAUCAAAGCUCUCUUAUUGGUUAAGGAGUCAAAUGGACUAGUUCUCCACGGCGUGUUAGACCUAAGCGCAUGAGAGUACGCCUUAACUAUAAAGAAUUGAGAUGGAAUAACAUUUUGUCUAAGAGGAAUAGUAAUUUAAAACUCUUCCAAAAAUUAAAAAAACUGUUAAGGAGAAGAAAAGUUCCAAAAAAUCUGGAAAAAGGAAAGAAUGA